AUGCUUGUUAAUGAUAUUGGAGACCGUGAUGGUGCAUUAGAAGCACCGGAUGAAGCUCUUAAUGAUAAAUAUUUAGACAAAGUUAGUCUUCUAACCGUAUCGUUCGUGCAUUCCAUGUUGCAGAGCUGGAAUUUUAAAUACUAUCAAGAAGUUCAACGGAAUGAAGAUUUAUCAGUCCCUAGUACUGGCAGCAUUUUAAGGGUUUGUUGGGUUCUCAAAUCAUACGUUUUUGAUUCUGACCAACAUGUUAACUUGGAGGAGAAACUAACAUCUAAAGAUGAAAAAUACCUUCAACUCGAUAAAAAUAAAGCUACAAUAUGGACUAGUAUAAAGUCCAAGCAGUGUGAAAAUGUUAAUGUGCAAUUGGCAGAGCAUCCUUAUGCAGGAUUUGUACAUGGGAACAUGUAUGCAUGUAAUAUUUUAGGAUUAGACCACAAUGGAGUUCACACCAAGAUAGUUGCAUUGACUGGGCAGUCAAAUACCACUACGAAUGCUACAACAUUAACAACACCAUCUUCUUCUUCUAGUAGUGAGUAUUAA